AUGAACUGGGUUGGCGGCAGCCGGAGCAGAAUCAUAUUAAAGCAGGAAAGGAGAAAGCAAAAGGAAUUCUUUGAAAAGAAGAAACUUAAAUCAAAGAUGAAGCUUCUGGGAGUAUCAUCUCCUAAAACUUCAGCAGUCAGUUUAGAUCUCCUCAAUCUAUAUGUUGUUAACCAGAUAUCAACCAAAAAAGACAACAGAGAGAACAUGAGGAAGCCAGUCCACAUUGAUAUCACUGAAGAUGUAAAAAUACCUGUUAGGAGGCACAACAUAGAGCUUCCUGUGUCACCACUGCGUACACAAUAUACAUCAAACUUAGAUGACAUCCAGAACAGGUUACAAAAGCAAGUAUUGGAUAGCAGAAGGCAGCAUCUCUUAGAGAAAGUAAAAUACCAGCAUAACUUACCACAAGUAACAGAAUUAACGUAUGCUGACUCUAGUAUGGAACAUGAAGACAACAUAGCGAGAACUUUAAGUGCUUGUCCAUUAUCCUCUUCUGGUUUUUGGUCCUCUAACUGUACACAACUUUCAGAAGAAAAUUUCAACACAAACCUAAUGGGCAGCACUUGGGAACAGACCUAUGAAGAGAAGCUGCAAAACCAGCCAGGAAAUAGUUCUGAUCAAGACCAUUGGAUUACAAAACCUCCAAGCCAGUGUAUUUUCAGGAAGCCUGAUACAGUGCCUCAGGAACUGUUUAAGCCAUUGCAUAGGCUAGACUAUAUGAAUCCUGCCAGGAAAAGCUCAGUGAUAAUGACCAGUAAUGAAUCAGAAAACAGCGAUGGAAGAAAAGAACUAUUGUUUGAUGUUGUGAAAGAAACUGCAGAACUGAAAGCUCCCCAAGAUGGAAGUGGCCAGUCCUUUCUGGCACUGUUUGAAGAUGAGAGCCAACCAAUCCGUACUAGUUCUUCCACAAAGCAUUUUAAUCCUUUUGCUAACCAAAGCAGUGCUGCCAUUUUUUUCGUUGAUCCUGAUGAUAGAAAUCAAACGACCGACAGAAAUUACCUAUAUGAUACUGGACAGGCUUACCCUGCGAUCAAUGCAAAAAAAAGUUCUGUAGACAGACACCUUGAAAGCAUUCUCACAGCUCCAGAACAGGUUUUACUUGAAAGUAACAAUGCCUCAAGCUACAGGAAAACCAGUGGAUUUCAUAAAACUCACAUGCAGGACUGUCAUGAGGCACAGCGCUAUUUCAUGCCCUCUGAAAAGAAAGAAAAACCUGCAAACCUUGAAAAAGUUGAGGCAUUUGCUUAUCACCAUGAUCAGAAGAUUAGCUUAAAGGAGAAUGUGCAGAUUUAUUCAAGAAAAAAAAGUGAUGAUGAGUCUAUGAAAGAAUCAGCGUGGAGACAGAACCAGCUCUUUGGAUUUGAAGAGUUCACAACAGCACAAGAGAAAGAAUGCAAGUUUAGAGCGAGUUCAAAUCUUCGCGAGAUGGAGAAGGAUGUGGAGUCAUCACUCAGCAGCCAAUCUCCCAGUUGCUCUCCAAGGCAGACAGAGAGCUGUUUCAGCUCUAGUCCGGACACAUCUGAAGCGGAGGACACAGCCAAAAAGACGGGAGAUCGGAAUGAACAGGCCUCGAGGACAGACGAUGCCAACCGAGGCUCGGCCUCCGCGAGCGCAGAGCCCCCCCAGACCUCGCACCCCAGAACCGUGCCUCUCCAGCCCGGCGGCGGUUUGACCAGAGAAGCAGCAAACC